AUGUUGUGGAAACCAAAUUUGUGGAACCUCCUACCAUCGUCCAAGCAUUCUGCCAUUGAGCAGGUUGCCAUUGCAAGCGACGAUGAAGGUGAAGAGGGAAAAAGGACCGGUCGGGAAUGGACCAAGGGGGUUCUCUACUGCGUCUGGUUUGUGUCCGGCGUCCUCGUGGCGAACAUCAUCCUCACUAUAAUUGGCGUUGUACUCGCAUACUCCAAGUAUGGCUCUGGGGAGUUCGGAUACGCGCCCGUCUACCAGGGUAAAUGCUCGGUGGCAAAGAACUCGGCAACGGGCAUUCACCUGGUUAUCAAUAUCUUGAGCACAAUUAUGCUCGGAGCAAGCAACUAUUGCAUGCAAUGUCUGGCCGCCCCGUCGCGCUCGGAGGUGGACGAGGCGCAUCGAAAGCGCACUUGGCUGGCCAUUGGUAUUCCGGAUAUUGCGCAUCUGGUUUUACGUGCACCGGCUAGGAGAAGGUGGUUGGGUAUUGUUCUGCUUGUUACCUCGUUUCCGAUCCAUCUUAUUUACAACUCGGCAGCAUACUAUUCAAUGCAACCGCAGGAAUACGGCGUCUCUGUGUUUCACGACAUCCGGGCCCUGGAGAACCUCGAGUCCACGCAUCUCAAGCUAGGCUACGGGGCGUGCUUUGACAAAUACACUGGCAUGAAUGCGUCCGAACUACAGCAAGUCAUCCGCGAUGAGCGCUACGAGCGCUUGAACAAAAAGGACUGCAUUGACAGGUUCGCCCAGGACUACUUGCUCAGGACAGAAGGCAGUUCUUGUGAUGACCAAUAUAUCGCUGCCCAGCGACGUGCCGCUGGUGUACGCGGGAAGCGGCAAUCGCGCUUCGGAUUUUACCACCUCUGGAUGUGUAGCACCUUGUCCAGCUGCGAUGCCAGCACGUUGCGGGACAACAUGGAUGACUGGGUUGUCGAAGCCUACCGUUGGUUCCCGGUGCAACUGCUGUAUGAUCUCGACGGAUUUCACCCGCGGAAGAGAGCAGACACGGAGUCAGAAAGCAACUUUGAAUGCACCGAGUCAGGGGCAACCAUGGAGAUGCAGCUGCCGACAUUUACAGUGGACCAUUGUCUGAGCAUCCCGGCCGAGGAGUCCUGUCAGCUUGUCUUCCUCCCGCCAGUCUGCCUAGCCGUUAUCUUUUGCAACGCCAUCAAACUAGUCUGCAUGGUUCUGGCCGCGCGAGAUGACAGAGAGGAAGUGUUCCUUAACAUCGGAGAUGCAGUCGCCUCCUUCCUCACGUGUCCGGACCCUGCCACUGAAUCCGCAGGUCUACUCUCAAAGGACACAGUCAAGAAAGGCACUCAAGGCUGGCACAAAACCAGUCUCAUAUACAGCCGCAUUCCUCCCACAGAAAUUCCCCCUAUCACACCCCAACAUCUCCCACCGCGCAAGCGGUGGGCACAAGCCGUCAGCAAAGCCCGCUGGCUCGGCACAGUCAUCAUCUUUGUCCUCAUCCUAAUCCCAGUGAGCUACCUUCUUUCCCUGGGCAUUGAAAACGUCACAACGAAAUAUACUUCCUCAAUCUGGGCCCAGGGCCUCGGUCAGCCCCGCUCAGGGACUAUAAUAACAGGAAUACAAUCCUCGCGUACAUUCCCCAGAGUCCUAGCCCUCAUCCUCCUCUGCAACACACCCCAACUACUCCUCUCCUGCGCCUACUUUACCUACAACGCAUGUCUAACAUGCAUGUUCGCGGCCGUCGAAUACGACUCCUACUCGAUGAACCGAAAAUACCUCCGCGUCUCGUGGCCUCGUGGCCGCCAACGCUCAACAUACUACCUUACUCUCCCCUAUCGGUAUUCCCUCCCGAUACUAGUUGCGUCCGCGACGCUCCACUGGCUUGUUUCGCAGAGUUUUUUCUACGUUGAGAUCAUUGGGGUUAGUAUGGAUGGGUGGAGAUAUGAGCUUGUUACGUGUGGGUUUUCGCCUGUAGCAAUUAUUUUUGCUAUCAUUCUUGGUGUUGGCCUACUUUUUGUUGCUGCCAUGUUGGGGGCUAGGAGGUUCAGUUCGCACAUGCCCAUUAUUGGGUAUUGUAGUGCUGCUAUUAGUGCUGCCUGUCAUCCGGGAACAGAGGGGAAUCAUGCCAUGAAACCUAUACAGUGGGGUGAGGUCUCCUCUGAAUCGGGAACGUCGGGGUCUGCGGCGGGUGACGAUGAUGAUUAUGGGAUAGCAGAUCAUGCGAGCCGUGGAGAUAGAAAUUGGAAUCCCCGGGAUUAUCUUUUGGAGGAAAUAGAGUUGAAUUCUUUGGAGAGGAAGGUAUAUCAUUGCUCCUUUACCUCGGGGGAGGUUGUUGAGCCGAGUCCGGCGCGGCUCUAUAUAUGA